AUGGCUACCUCCCGAUACGAGCCAGUGGCUGAAAUUGGUGUCGGUGCCUAUGGGACAGUGUACAAGGCCCGUGACCCCCACAGUGGCCACUUUGUGGCCCUCAAGAGUGUAAGAGUCCCCAAUGGAGGAGGUGCUGGAGGGGGCCUGCCCAUCAGCACCGUUCGGGAGGUGGCCUUACUGCGGCGUCUGGAGGCUUUUGAGCAUCCCAAUGUUGUCAGGCUCAUGGAUGUCUGUGCAACAGCCCGGACUGACCGGGAGACCAAAGUGACCCUGGUGUUUGAGCAUGUGGACCAAGACCUCAGGACGUAUCUGGACAAGGCACCCCCACCAGGCUUGCCAGUGGAGACCAUAAAGGAUCUGAUGCGCCAGUUUCUAAGAGGCCUGGAUUUCCUUCAUGCCAACUGCAUUGUUCACCGAGACCUGAAGCCAGAGAACAUUCUGGUGACAAGUGGUGGGACAGUCAAGCUGGCUGACUUUGGCCUGGCCAGAAUCUACAGCUACCAGAUGGCACUUACCCCUGUGGUUGUUACACUCUGGUAUCGCGCUCCAGAAGUCCUGUUGCAGUCUACAUAUGCAACACCCGUGGACAUGUGGAGCGUUGGCUGUAUCUUCGCAGAGAUGUUUCGUCGAAAGCCUCUCUUCUGUGGAAACUCUGAAGCUGACCAGUUAGGCAAAAUCUUUGACCUGAUCGGACUGCCCCCAGAGGAUGACUGGCCCCGAGAUGUGUCUCUACCCCGAGGAGCCUUUUCCCCCAGAGGGCCCCGGCCAGUGCAGUCGGUGGUCCCUGAGCUGGAGGAAUCUGGAGCACAGCUGCUGCUGGAGAUGCUGAGUUUUAACCCACACAAGCGAAUCUCUGCCUUCCGAGCGCUGCAGCACCCUUAUCUACACAAGGCAGAAGGUGACGCAGAGUAA